GACAAGUGCAACGCCGCACGGGAAAGACGUGGAAAAGGAAAGGGCCUCUCAGCCCCAGUUUACUCAUUUCAAUGCACAACAACAAACGUGUACUAUAGAAUUCCUUCAAAAAGAGAUUCUUGCUGCUCAAAUAGGUACGAAGCUGCCAUGCAACUCGCACACCCGGUGCAGGAGGAGUCCGCUGAACUGCGCGAGGCCUUACAGAACAUCCUGCUUGCCGCGGACUCGACGACGGCGGCCACUUCGUGGCAGCGUGCGGCACUGGAAGAGAAGCGACGAAAAGUGAUGCGUCUUCUCGACGAUCUCUCCUCUGUUGCGGCUACAGAUACACAUACCGAUACACCUUCUCACCUUGUCUCCCCCAAACUCGAUGAAGAAAACGUGAGGACCACAUCGACUUCCGCCAACAACGCGGACACGCACGCUGACGAAGCCCCUGCAGCGGAGGAGGUCCCCCUACACCCUCCAGCCGAGCGUCGGCUCCUAGGAAACAUUUUUUCAUGUCUAUCUCCGGUGCCUCAUACACCAAUUACAACACUGGUGGAAGACAACACGAAGAGGACUGCACCGCAAUAUCUAGCAAAUCCUUCUCAACCGAGGCAGAUAUCUGUUCUGCGCUCAGACACAUUUGCAGCGCAACCCGACCACAGGCAAACAUCAGGUCCCGGUACCCGCCGAGUGGAGCCUCCUCGGUUCGCCCAUCGACUUGACGAUGCUGAGGGGAGGCCGGAGAUCGUAUCGGGCAAUUGCUCUACGGAGAACUUCGACCACGACAGCAAUCCCCGCAGCAGACAAGUGACAGUAUGGCGCACGUGCUCGCCCUCGCCUCACCGUGAUAUCCGCCUUUACGAUUACACCUGCGUCACCCCAAGCUUUUGGAUUCAUGUAUGGCCGUGCUUUGGCAACGCGAUGCGCAGCAUCGGGCGGCCGACACGUGUGCUGGUGCGCGGCUGCUACCGCUUUUUCGAGGAUGUGGUGGAAAGAGCGGCGGCGCAGACGCAGUGUCAGCCCGCGUGCCCCUCCCUUUACACGCCGGACGGGUGUCCAGUGUGGGAACUCGAAAAGCUGAGAGCGGAGCGGCAUUAUCUCUUGUUUCCCUCCGGUGGUUUUUACCGGAAGCGUGCCGUCCCGACCGCACUUUUGUGGGUGCUGUACACCGACGCGAGACGCAUCGUUGAGUGCUCGUGA